AUGUCAUUACAGAUUGAUCAGAUAAGUUCUGACCUAUCAAUUGAAAUUCAAGAUAAUUUUGAUAUGAGCACGCCAGGUAAGCGUAUUAGCAUUAUUGUCACUGCUGGCAGUCCGAGGGAAAUUGACGAAUUUGGGCGUCCGUUUAAUAAACGUAUUUCCGAUGGGUACAAUUUGAUUCUUAAGAAAGAUGACUCCGAAGAAGAUGAUUCAGACGAGGAAGAUAAGCGAGUACAAGAAAUUAAGUUAGCCAACAGUUUACAGGAUGAUAUAAUUAAUGACCAAAAGCAUAACGAAAUUGAGAAAGAGGACGAAUUAAAGGCAACAAAAUCGGCUGAAAACGAAGAUAUUGCAAUAAAUGAUAAUAAAGAAUCUCAGAAAAUAUGCUCAACUAAUGCUCAUAAUUCCAUCAACGAUGGGAAAGGGUAUAAAAAUGAGAAAGGACGUUCUAUGAAACCAACAAAACGAUCAAGUUGGCAUGACAGAAAAGGGUCCCGAAAUAAAUCUAAUAGUCAUUGCAUGGGGAACCAAGGGCCCGAGCGGUCGAAUGAGAUCGGAAACUAUGUGAACGAAAAGGAAGUUUCAGAUGAGAAGCCUACAAAAGAAAGCACAAGGAUGGAUUCCAUGGAUACUGAGAACUCGGAAUCUAGAAAGAAAACUAAUUCUAAUUUAAAUUUGACAGAGAAAUUCGCGGGCGAACAGCACCCCUAUACAAUAUUCUCUAGGUUGCAACGAAAUGUAAUCUUUGCCGUCAUCAUCUUUAUAGGGUUUUUAGGACCCAUGUCUGGUAAUAUUUACAUCCCUGCACUACCAAUAUUAGAAAGGGAGUUUGACGUUUCCACAUCGACGAUAAACGCAACUGUUGCCGUUUUUAUGGCGGUCUUCUCGAUAGGACCUUUGAUUUGGGCUUUAAAUGCUGAUUUUGGAGGUAGAAAACUCUUGUAUAUCAUAUCUUUGGGAUUAAGUGUCAUAGUAAAUGUGUUGCUAGCAUGUAUACCGGCUAAUAUCAUUGGCUUGUUUAUUUUACGAGUUUGCCAAGCAUUUGCAUCCAGCUCUGUGAUAUCAUUAGGCGCAGGUACUGUUAGUGAUAUAACACCUCCUCAAAAGCGUGGUAGAGCAAUAGCUUAUUUUAUGCUCGGGCCCAAUGCGGGCCCAAUUUUGGCGCCGGUAUGUGCUGGUUUAAUUUUAAUGAGCGGAGAUUAUUGGAGGUGGCUCUUCGGUUUUACGUCAAUUAUGAGUUUUAUUGGCUUCCUUUCAGUAUUUUUAUUUUUGCCAGAAACCUUACGUUGUAUUGUUGGUAACGGAGAUGUCCGUUGGAAGCUCAGCGGUUUCUCUGAGGGAUCCUACGAUUCUGAUGUCAAGCAACCAAAAUUACUUGUUUGCAAGAAUAUUGGGGUUCAGAAACCAGUGUCUACUUCGGCAGAGUUCCGCGAACUUUAUCCGCGACCUCCCAAACCUAGUCUAAAGACUUACUGGGAAAUUGCCAAAGUUCCAAACCUCACCAUAUGCUCCGUGAGCACGGCUCUUUUAUUUGCAACAUAUUAUGGGUUUAGUGUUACAUUUUCGCACUAUUUGAAAAACCAGUAUGGAUAUAGUAAUCUAGCUAUCGGUGCAUGCUAUGCAUGCCCAGGGGUUGCUUUAAUGGUUGGUUCUAUUACCGGUGGACAUUCAUCUGAUUACUAUCGUAAGAAGUGGCUAACAAACCACCAAGGUAAAAUAUACCCUAGCCACAAAAGAUUAAUUCCUCAGUCGCUUGGAUUAAAUUUCAGUAUGAUUGGAUGCAUAGGCUAUGGCUGGUCUAUUCAUUUCCAUCACCAUAUAGCCAUAGUUCUUUUGUUUUCGUUCCUUAUGGCUUUUGGUAUGACAUGGUGCUCAAAUUCCACCAUGACAUAUCUUACCGAAUGCAAUCCAAGAAGAGCAGCGGGAACGGUCGCAGUUAGCAACAGCUUUCGUAAUAUUGCAGCAGCUAUAAGUUCGGCUAUAGUGUUCAAGUUAUGUGACGCAAUGGGAAUCGGAUGGUGUUUUACUGGCCUAGGGUUAUGUGAUUUAAUUUCCAUGGCAGGCAUUUUUUACUUGAUAAGAAGGGGUGACCGCCACAGUAAAAUAAAUAACUGA